AUGCUCGACGAGGAGGUUGAGAUGAAAAGCGGCAGCGCCGUCCAAUCCACAGUUGCUGAUGGAAGCCCUCAUGGUGCCGCAAGCAGCAGCAUCGAAUAUCGUCAGCGACAAAAGCUAGACGUACAUGAUCCUCGUCUAAAUCACUCGUUUUCGGCGACUCUUCUUGCGUCGUGGGAAUCAGCUGGAGGCAGCUUGCAGGCCGGUCUCUUUAACGGAGGUCCUGCUGCCAUUGUAUAUGGCAUCAUUAUGAGCGGAGUGGGGAAUCUGGCAAUUGCCACUUCACUGGCUGAACUGGCGUCAGUGUAUAAACUCACUGCUGAUCAAACAUCCAUAUUUGCCAGGCACCCGACAGCUGGGGCGCAGUAUCACUGGAGCUAUGUUCUGGCGCCACGCUACCGGCGCUUCAUUAGUUUCUUCCAAGAGAUCGAAGGCAUGGCUAUCCUGGCCUAUCCCGACUAUGAUGCAAAACGGUGGCAGGGAACCCUGCUCAUGUGGGCAGUAGUCCUGAUCCCGAUCAUCAUCAACAUCUUCGCCCGGCGCCUGCUCGCCAUCAUCGAAGUCGCAGCAGGCGUGAUGCAUGUUGUCUUCCUCCCCGUGAUGAUAGCGACCUUUGUCAUUCUAGCCCCGCGCAAUUCUAAUGCUUUCGUCUGGGAUACUUUCGUGAGUGGUCUCAGUGGCUGGGAAAACCCAGGCGUCGUGUACUCCGUGGGACUGUUAGGUGUCAUCACCCCCCUGAGUGGAGUCGACGGCAUCAUCCACAUGUCGGAGGAAGUCAAGAACGCCAAAGUCGUUAUUCCCCGGUCCAUGAUCUACGGUACCAUCAUUAACUCUGUCAUGGCAUUUGGCUAUCUCAUCGCCGUCCUCUACUGCAUGGGCGACUACACCGCUGCCCUCACCAGUCCAACGGGAUACCCCAUCAUUACCAUCGCCUACCAAGCCACCGGAUCCAAAGCAGCCACAUAUGUGCUGAUGGCCAUGGGUAUGCUUCCGGGUUGGAUAGCACUGUUUAAUGGCCUUGCGUCUGUCACUCGACUUACGUGGGCCUUUGCACGCGACAACGGGCUUCCGUUCUCUGAUUUCUUUGUGAAGGUUGAUCCACGAUUUAAAAUUCCUAUUCGGGCAUUAUUCCUCGUCACAACAUUGGUUAUCCUUCUCUCCUUUAUUCAAAUCGGGUCAUCGGCCGCCUUCAACGCUAUUCUCUCCCUGAGUACGUUGGGUUUGUAUAUUUCAUACCUAAUUCCAUUGGUCCUUCUGGUGUGGAAAAGGUUUACCGCACCGAAGGAUAUUCCACAAGGCACAUUCUCUCUGGGGAAGUGGGGAUUACCCAUCAACCUGGUAGCGAUUCUGUUCGCUACUUACUUCUCCAUCUUCUUACCCUUUCCCUCUGAGGUGCCGGUGACUGGGGAGACCAUGAAUUAUGCCGGGCCGGUGUUGGGCUUCGUGAUGCUGUUUGCUUGUGGAGAUUGGCUGGUGCGAGGCCGCCAUAAGUGGAAUGGUCCGACUAUGGCGUAUUCACGGGAGUGA